AUGGGCCCCAAACCUCGUGAGGGCCCCGGGAUGACGUGCAGCGCGUGUUACUACCUGGUUAUCAGCUCCACACACCUGAGCAAUGGACACUUUCGGCGCGUCAAGGGGGUCUUCAGAGGACCGCUGUGCCCAACUGCAACCAGAUCUCUGGAAUACACUUUAAAACAGAAGACUUUGGGCUGCUCAGUGGAGGAUCUGAAGGCUCUUUUCUACUGUGAGCUGUGUGACAAGCAGUACCUCAGACACCAGGAGUUUGACAAUCACAUCAACUCCUACGACCACGCACACAAACAGAGGCUGAAGGACCUCAAGCACAGAGAGUUUGCUCGGAACGUGGCCUCAAAAUCAUGGAAGGACCAGCGCAAACAGGAGAAGGCUCUCAGACGCCUGCACCAGCUUGCACAGCUGCAACAGGAAACCCAACGAGUCCCAGGAAGGAGUCAUGGGCUAAGAAGUACAGUCAGGGCUGUGAGCCAGCAGCAAGAGAGAGACAUGAACCAAAGAGACCACAGCCCUGACUACAAACCUGAGCCCUCCAACCACGCCCAGCAACCCCGUCCUCCACAAACCAGGACAGCUACUCUCAGCCACCAGCCAAAAGAUCCAUGCCAAUCUCCGUGCCAAAUACCGUUGGCCACUGCUCUAGCAGAGUCCCCACUAAUCACACAUCCGGCAUCCAAUACAGACCCUCCUGCAGUGAACUCCCAGUCUUGUCUGGGCAUGUAUCCCCAGCUGCCUCUCCCUGGACGGGGGAGAGUGGGAGGCAGGCUCGGGGUGUCCUUCUGCUUCUCACGCAGGGGGCCAAGGCUGGAGCCUUCUGCCUCCGUCUUCUCGGACCUCGAGGAGGAGGAGAGAGAGAAGAGGAAGCAAAUGAAAGAAAGGAUAAGGGGAAUAAUGGAAGAUAUUGACAGGGAGAUUGGGGCAUCAGAGGAGAGGAAACACGAUCCGAGUGAAAAGCGUAAGUCUAGCUCUGACAGUGUUGGACCGAGCGACAUGGGGCAAAUCCCCGGAGAGACAGUGAGAGAAGAGGAGGAGAUUGAAAAAACAGACAUCCUGAAAGAACACUCUCUUAUUUCCACAGCAGCACCUGAUAAUAAGAGCCAUGAUUCACUAUUCUUACCAUCGCAGACCCAGGUGACCAUAUGGGGUGCAGCACUAGCAGGGGAACACAUAGACACCGAAAACACAGAUAGUGAGACAGAGAGAAAGCCAGAAACAGAGGCGGGGAGGGAGGAGAGUCAGCAUGUGUGUGUGCUAGGGAAAGAUGGCUCUACCCGUCUGAGAUGGCCUGUCAGUUUGCUUAAGUUCACCAAGUCUCAACCACACAUUUCCUACAGCUGCAACCCACUCUGCUUGAACCCGCAACGACCAGAAAAACUCACAGAGGAUCUGCAGGAGUCACAACAGGAUCAGUUGUGUGCUCUUUCUGAUGAAUCAAACCCAUGUGUGCCAGUUAUUCUUACACCAGACGCUCAUUCCUGUUUACAAAGACAUACAAGACAUGAGUUGAGAGCACCCAGAUGGAAAAUAGCUGAGGAGAAUAUCAAGACGGAGCAACAUAUCAAUGUGGAAACAAAAGCACACCUGUUCCUAAAAAAACCCCUUUCAUCAUCGGAAACAGGAUCAGAAAGAGGAAGAAACAACCUAAGUAUGGAGAAUUGUGUGAGGGCAGCCUCCCAUCCAUUUGACCCUGCCCAUAGUGACAGCUCUGACACAAACUCCCAGGAUCCUCUGGGAGGCAGAUUAGGGGGUGUGAGAGGGAUCAGCGAGAGAGCCAUCACAGCCCUGAGCUGUAAAUUAGAGUCUGUCACCCAGUCUGGCACACAGGGGAUGUGCAUCAGCCCGUCCAGGUGUGAGUGUGGGAGAGAGACAAUGUGCGAGUGCGCCAGCACUCCACAGCCGUAUGUGGGUGUCUCGGAAGUGUCACGCAAAAAGAGGAAAGCUAGCACAAAGAAACACAAGCUGGGAAAGAGGAAGAGGGGCGAGAAGGAAAAAACUUCAAACAAGCGCCUAUCAGCAAGGUGCAAAGUGAGGAGUGUUGUCUCCACAGUAUCCACUGGCAGAGAGAGGAGAGGAGAAGCUGGAGGGAGCUGGAGGAAGAAUGGGAGGCAAAGGGUGAGUGGGGAUAGAGGCAUGAGGAGGAUGGUGCGAAGAGCAGGGAGCAGCUGUCUCCUGGGGAGAUGUGAGGCUGAACCAGUAUCUAUCUCUGUCAGGAAGAGGAGGCCUCACAGGAGCCACAGCACUGAAUCCCAGUCACAGCCAGACAGAGAGCAGGCAGAUCACUGCAGUGCCUACUCCCAGCUCACCAGACACACAGCAGACAGAGACACCGAGGGGGAGGGAAAGCGAGACGAAGACGGGGUGACUUUUCCCUGGCGGUCUCACUUCUCCUUACACUCCUUCUCACCAGGAUGCAACUCAAAGCUGUUUUGGGAAAGGGGUCACCAUAGCAACCCCAGGAGUUUCAUUGACUGCUGUUACCCUGACAACAGCUGUGGUAGCAGCCCGGCGAGAAAGAGAAAACUCCCCCACAGGGACAGGAAAUUCAUUCAUAGUAAGAGUUUGAGGCACGGUGAAGCCUGGGAGGAGAGGGGCAGGAAGGUGGGAGGGAAUUCAGGUAGAAGAGACAGAGGCCUGAUUUCAGAUACAGAGCAGUGGGAGUGGAUGAGAGGAAACUGUCCUGGAGGCAGUGAGGAGGGCAGGUCAAGGGCUGGGUGGAGGUCAAGAAACAGAGUAGUGGAGAGGGACCGGGUGGCGAGGUUUAGCCCCAGUCCUAGCAGCUGGGGCAGGAGUAGCAGACAUCUUAGCACUGAAGAUGUAGACUGGGACAGGUGCAGCGUUGACAGAUGGACAUGGGGCAGCAGCGACAGCUGGGAAGACAGGGGGACACACAGAUCCACGUCAGGCUCCAGGACAGGGGCUGACAGCAGAGACAGCCCGGGCUGUGUGUGGAGAUGCACAGGCACCAGACGCUCAAGCUCAAGACACUUCUCCAGCCCUGAGUGGUGGACAAGCGGGCAGACAUACAGCCCCCAAAGUGUGAUCAAUACACGGGCCAGCAGAUGCCAUAGCCCACGAUCCUGCAGCCCCUGCAGCAGCACCAGCAUGUCAGAGCUGAGCUGGGAGUGGAGCAGGAGCAGUACCUGCUCUGGAGUCACAGUGGAUGGGCUGACAGCUAGUUCUUGCGGGAUGUCCUCAGGAGCUCCAGGACUCUCAUCCGAGGCUCCUCAGGGGGCAAAGAAACAGAGCACCUCCACAUCUGCUUCAUCUGGCCUUACCUGUAGUUCCCUCUCUCAUUCCUCACCCCCCAGAGCCUCUUUUGCUCCCACAGUUCCAAGCCUCAACACGCACCAUGGUGAAACAAGUCCUUCACAGCUAAAAGAGCCCAAUUCGCAGUCUGACCAUCGACAUGGAUCCUCAACCCCUGUCACCACAAGCAGCUCAGGCAGAACUCUUCAGGGACUAUCCCCCAGUAAGUCUCUGCCACAGAAACCAACAAGGAUGUUGCUUCUCCCUCUCAUUGGGAAACUACCUGCAAUCCAGAGAAAGGCUAAGAGGAAAAAGUGGCUGCUGGAGAAGAGUCAGGACAAGGGGGGAGAGGAGGAAGACGAAGCUAAGGGCAGUGGAGUGGAUCCUGGAGCAGUCGUCGACAGUCAGAAACAUCCUCUGGACGUGGCUGAGUCAAACGCAAGCAGCAUGCCAAAUCUCUGCCUGUCACAGAUUAGGACUGAUGACAAACAGACAGGUGGAGAGACAGCACCGCCAAUCAGCUUUACUGCUGAGGAGAUGGACAAAUAUCGUCUCCUGCAGGAGCAGGCAAGAGAGCACAUGCAGAAAGUCCUGGAACGGUCGCAGGAGAGUGCAGAUACACACACAGAGACAAACUACACACACACCACACAGGCAGAGAACUGUGGAACUUCAGAGGAACAAUACACACCUGUACCUGCACCCUUGCACAACCCUUCACAGCCUCAAACCCAGUCAAUUCACACAGAUGCGAUGCAAGCACAAGCACAGCACGCCCUCCGGGUCAGUCUCCCUCUUCCACAUGUGACCCCACAAGAGAACUUUACUCAGCCCAUGGCUCUGGCAGUCCCCAACCUCCCCCCUCUUCCACCAUCCCCCCCUCUCUCCAGCCUUCAUCAUAUCAUUUUACAACACACAGCCCUCUCCAUGCCCCCCUCCUCCUCCUCCUCUUCCACCUCGCCCCCCUCUCCUGCCAUCCACCCACACCCAGCUCAGCUCCCUCACCCCCUACAACCUCUCCACCCCUCCCUCCCUCAUCACCUUCACCUCUCCCCCUUCUCCAUCUCCUCUCUGUUCCCCUCCAUCCUGCUGUCCCAUCAUCCCAUGCCUCUCCUGCCUCAGUCCGCUGCUUUCCAUGCAACCCCACUCGCCCCGCUCUCCUCAGUAGCACUGCAACCCUUGAACCCGCAGCCUUUCAUGGAGAGAGUGUGGCCAGUGAGGUUUCAACAGAAGGCAUUAUGA